AUGGUAUCAGAGCACAAUCGCUACAGAGGCGGCGGCAGGAACAACUUUCCUUUCGGAAACCCUCCGUUUCCCUAUUGGGCUUCACCAAAUGUAUGGCCUGGCCCUUUUGGUCCUUGGCCCAACCAAUUUGCAAACUGGACUCCUAAUUCACAAAUGCCCACUUACCGUGGACCUCAUGUGAAUCCCGCAACACGACCGGUGACCAACAAUUCCCAGCAAGCUCAUUUGGUCGAAAUUCAACCAACGACAUUACCUCAAGUGUACACAACGAAGACACUUCCGGAUCCAAAUGGAGCUGACUGGUACAUGGAUACUGGAGCUACAGCUCACCUCUCGGCCACCGCAGGAUCUUCAAACCCAGAAAAUACUGCUCCGAUGUGA